ACCAUCCCUUCCACGGCCAAAGCCAGCCUGCCAGAACAGAAACCUUCGAUCUUAGGUGAGCAAACACCAAGAAACCUGCAGAAGACAUGGUGCAUCCCGUCGAGGUCCAGUGCUCACUGUCAUGUUCCCUUGUUCACCUGUUCCAUGUUCUCAGGGAGUGCUACUCCACGGCUGUAUGGCCCAGUACAUCUCCUCUCCCUCCUCUGCCAUCGAAGAGGCCUGCAGAGCUGUCUUUCGAGGCUAACAAGAGGUUGAAGGAGUGUCACCUUGAUUUCUAUUCAUCAGCUGGCCAAGCAAUUGAUCAGCAAGAGGAUGUAAAGAAGUCUCAGGUGCCGCACCUGAGGAAGAUGAGAAGAAGACCAACGACGUUAUCCAUUCCUGAGCCGUGCACUGCCUCAGGCUUUGUCGAUGGUGAUGAAGAGAAACAUGUGAGUGAGAAGGAGUGGGAAGUUGAGGGGUGUGGAUACUGGUUGGCUUGCAGGAGAGGUCAUAGACCUGUGAUGGAAGAUGGCCAUGGAAUAAUACCCAACAUAAAUGGAGAUCCAAAACAGGCAUUCUUCGGUGUCUUUGAUGGACAUGGGGGUCGAGCAGCCGUUGACUUUGUCUCCGAGAAGUUAGGAAAGAACAUCAUAUCAUCUCUUGCUGGUCAAGACAAGCAAGAAAUCCAACCGGAAGUGGCAAUUAAAGCAGGCUAUUUGACCACUGACAAAGAAUUCAUCAGCCAGGGCGUCAAGAGUGGAGCGUGUGCAUCCACCGUUGUACUCAAGGAUGGAGAGCUGCAUGUCGCCAAUGUGGGAGACUGCAGAGUGGUUCUGAGCCGGAGAGGGAUCGCGAAGGCGCUUACGAGCGACCACCACGCCGGAAGAGAAGAUGAGAGGGUUCGCAUCGAGAGCUCGGGUGGGUACAUCACUUGUCGGAAUGGCGUGUGGAGAGUUCAGGAUUCACUAGCUGUGACCAGAUCGAUUGGCGACGCGAGCAUGAAGGAAUGGGUAAUCUCUGAACCUGAGACCAAGACCAUCAGGUUGACUCCCGACUGCGAGUUCCUAGUAAUGGCUUCGGAUGGGUUAUGGGAGAAGGUCACAGAUCAGGAAGCAGUGGAUGUUGUUCGGAAGCACAGCGAGUCCAUGAAGCACUCAAGCAAAGAGCUUGUGGAACUCGCUUGCAGGAGGGCCAACAGGGAUGACAUUACAGUCAUGGUGGUGGACCUGCAACACUUUGCACGGUAGCGCAGUCAGACCGAGUUCUCCAUGACUACCUCUGAGGAGCAUUCACAGACCGAGAACGUCCGAAGAACACCGAAAGAUAAGAUUCAUUAGAAGAAUGGUGGCCGUACCAUUAAGACAUUUUCAAGAUGAGUUGGUGAAGUCGACACUAUACAUGACUUGUUCAGAUCGGUAAGACAGAAAGAAUGAAAUAAUGUAUUUUUGUUCUACCAA